CUGCUGUUGUAGUAGAUAAAAAUUAGAUGUAUCGUUAUUAUUCCGUUUAUCCCAUUCAGUAGCACAUAGUUAAAAUACCCCUGGUAUAUGACAUUUCAAAUGGGUGAAACCGGUGAAGUCCCAGCUCCCGUUUCGACUUCAGAGAAACCAAAAAGACAAGCGAGCUCCAGUAACUUGCAGAGGAAGUUUUCAGCGGAUGAAGGACAGUCUACCCCGGAGAACAACAACAGCAGGACUCUGAGACGUCAGUGGACCGGGUGUCAUGUUCCCCUUCCCACCCUGACAGGGAGGAUCCCUAUCGGUCAGUCCUGGUCUGAGUUGGGAGGUCAGCGCUGCAUCAUGCUGAGGCUGUGGUCACUGCGAAGAGGAAGCUCCUUCAGCUUCAUCACCCCCGGGCCACAAUGGGACUUCAGUCUGAAACGGAAACGCAGAGAGAAGGAUGACAGCGACGCAGUCAGCCUCUGCAGCUUCGACUUUAAGGAACCCAGCACAAAGCGGGUCCGUCCUCUCGGCAGGGUGACGUCGCUAGCCAACCUCAUCUCUCCGGUGAAGAAUGGGGCCGUCCGGCGCUUCGGCCAAACCAUCCAGGCCUCUUUCCGGGGCGAUGGCAAGUCGCCGGGCGCGCCCCAUAAGCCUUGCAGCAAGGCGGCGGCCCCCACACCGCCCAAAAGGAGGAACAGCAUGCUGUGGUCAGAGACGCUAGACGUCCACCAGAAGGGAACUUUCUCUACCAAAGAAAUCAAGCGGCAGGAGGCCAUAUUUGAGCUGUAUCGUGGAGAACAGGACCUGAUUGAGGACCUCCAGCUCGCACGCAAGGCGUACCACGACCCGAUGCUGAAGCUCUCCAUUAUGUCAGAGGAGGAGCUCACGCACAUCUUCGGCAACCUGGACGCCUACAUCCCUCUGCACGAGGACCUCCUGGCGCAGCUCACCAAAGCCACGGCGCCAGACGGGACUGUGGGCCGGAUCGGACAGAUUGUCGUAGACUGGCUGCCAAGGCUCAACGCCUACAAGAACUACUGCAGCAACCAGCUGGCAGCCAAGGCGCUGCUGGACCAGAAGAAGCAGGACCCGCGCGUGCAGGACUUCCUGCAGCGCUGCCUCGAGUCGCCCUUCAGCAGGAAGCUGGACCUGUGGAGCUUCCUGGACAUCCCGCGCUCGCGCCUGGUCAAGUACCCGCUCCUGCUCAAAGAGAUCCUGAGACACACCGCGGCAGAGCACCCGGACGCCGCCAGCCUGGAGGAAGCGAUCACCAUCAUGCAGGGCGUGCUGUCUGACAUCAACAUGAAGAAGGGAGAGUCCGAGUGCCAGUACUACAUCGACAAGUUGGAGUAUCUGGACGACAAGCAGAGAGACCCUCUGAUCGAGCAGUGCAAGAGCCUGCUGUGUCAUGGCGAGCUGCGGAACAAGAGCGGCACGAAGCUGCAUGUGUUCCUGUUCACCGAGCUGCUGGUCCUGACCCGCCCCGUCACCAGGAACGAGCGCCAGUGUUUCCAGGUGUACCGGCAGCCAAUCCCAGUGCACGAUCUCCUGUUGGACGACCUGCAGGAUGGAGACGUCAGAAUGGGCGGAUCCUUCAGAGGUGCUUUCAGCAACGCAGACAAAGCCAAGAACAUUUUCCGCGUGCGUUCCCAAGACCCGAGCCAGGCGCAGUCCCACACCCUGCAGGUCAACGACGUCUUCCACAAGCAGCAGUGGCUGAACUGCCUCCGCAGCGCCAUCUCCGUCCACCGGCCGCUCGGCGAGCCCUCGGCGCCGGCCCCCCCGCCGGCGAGCGACGCCCGCUCCAAGCGCCGCCCGUCCUCCAUCUCCGCCAUCGUCCACAUGGAGGAGGCGGAUGAGAACUGCCUGCGGCCGACCUCUCAGUCCGCCCCCAGCACGCCGUGCAACAGCGCGGCGCCCAGCCCCACCACAAAGUCCUCCCUAUCCCGCUCCUCCUCGUCAGCUUCGUCGUCGUCCUCUUCGACGUCGCCGCUCUCCUCGCUCACAUCGCACAAAACCAAAAAGGACAAGAAGUCUCUGUGCUCUUUAGGGAAGAGAAAAGAGACUAUGGUGUGAAGUGAGGUGAAAAGGAGAAAAAUGGACUCCUGGGUGGACAUUUUUGUAAAAAGGAAACACAACGUGGAGAAGCGUGGUACUUGUAUUUAUGUGUGUCUGCGUGCGUGCGUAUUAUUAAAACAGUGUUCUGUGUUACUGUC